CACACACACUAAACUCACUCAGUUUGGGGGUGGGGGUGAAGAAGGCCUCGAAGCUGGGUCCCUACCCUGCGCCCCCCACAGAACUGGGAUACCCCACCACACACACACACACACCCGGAGCUGGGGUAGCCCCCCCCCGCACCCCCUCCCCAGAGCUGGGAAAGCUACUGUGUUUUCCUGGCGCCUGGGAGACGGGUGGGGCCCCGCCUGGCUCGCCCCUGGAGUUGCCGGGAUGUGUCCCCGCCCCCCACCUUCUGUCCACAGGUGCUGCGGGCCGUAGAGCACCCACCGCGCCAUGGGCUCGGACCUCUGGGUCGGUCCCUGGCGACCGCACCGGCCCCGCGGGCCCAGCCGGGCGGCCCCGCGGACGGUGCGCGGCUGGGACGGCACCCCCGCCUUCUCCAUCUUCGGCCGCCAGCGCCACGCCGCGCCCAGCCUCCCUCCCGGACCCGGCAGGUACUUCCCGGAGCGAGCGGGCAACGCCACGUACCCCAGCGCGCCUCGACACACCAUGGCC